CGUCCCCCCUCCCCCUGCAUCGCUCUGCUGCGUUUGACUCUCCAGCAGGCAGCAGCCUUUGCUUUUGCCCCGUGCUGACCAUUUCUCUGGUGUGCACUUCACCUGAGGGCGCUCUCGGAUUCCCACCGGAUUUGAUGCGCGCACCUUCAGCUUCAAAUUCUCGGCCUUUUUGCCGCCUGGCAAAAGCUGCUGUGUCAUAGCUUUUGUUUCUUCUUAAUGUGGACGAGAUCACUGUUCGCCCUAAUUAUUUCCGCACUUGUUUAACCCACGGGCUGUUUUAUGUGUUGCUUUUGAAUUGCUCGAUCCCUUUUGCUGCUCCUCGUCUUCUUCAUGGGAAUGUAUGUUUCCUUUGCUCGGCCUUGCUCUCUGCUGUGCUCUGCUGUAACGGACGCAGCCUCUGGUUGUAGCACACCACACCCCUUCUGUUAUUUUGGAGAAACUGGAAGCGUUUCGGGUUUGGAAUUUGGCACCUAGCUUGAAUGCCACCGAAACCAUUUUGGAGCUGAGUAGGGCUCAUUAAGUGAUCUCUGGCAAAUGAUUGAGCAAGCAGUGCAGAACUUGUACUUAGCAAAAUAGUAAAUUGCCAAGGCUGUUGUAAUGGGGGCAAAUGGUCAUCAUGAACCUCGCAGAGGAUGUAAUGGCACCGUCUGCAAUGGUAGUAUAAGACCACUCGAUUACUUUGGUGAUGUAGAUCCAUGGACGGCUUGGGCAUACAAGCCUCGAACGAUCUCGCUCUUGCUGACGGGAACAUGCCUUUUAAUUUGGGCAAGUGGUGCUCUCGAUCCAGAAAGGAGCUCAUCUGCUGAUCGUGUUUGGUCAGUCAAGAGGGGUGUAUUUGCGAUGAUUGCUGUUUUUUUGGCUUACUCUUUUCUUCAGGCACCUUCAACUGGACUCAUUAGACCACAUCCUGCCAUUUGGAGGCUUGUUCAUGGGAUGACAGUUGUUUACCUUGUCGCCCUCACUUUCUUGCUUUUUCAGACUCGUGAUGAUGCUAGGCAAUUCAUGAAGUAUCUUCAUCCUGAUCUUGGUGUCGAAUUGCCUGAAAGAUCUUAUGGAACUGAUUGUCGCAUAUAUGUCCCUGAUCAUCCAAAAAGCAGGUUUAACAAUGUUUAUGAGAUCAUUUUUGAUGAAUUUGUUAUAGCUCAUAUCCUUGGAUGGUGGGGUAAGGCUAUAAUGAUACGAAACCAACCACUUUUGUGGGUCUUGUCAAUUGGUUUUGAGUUAAUGGAGCUCACUUUUCGUCAUAUGUUGCCAAAUUUCAAUGAGUGCUGGUGGGAUAGCAUUGUCCUAGACAUAUUGAUAUGCAAUUGGUUUGGUAUUUGGGCUGGAAUGAAAACCGUGCAGUACUUCGAUGGGAGGACAUACGAAUGGGUUGGUUUGAGCCGCCAACCCAACAUUAUCAGUAAGGUAAAAAGGAUGCUGGGACAGUUCACACCAGCACAGUGGGACAAGGACGAGUGGCAACCUACGCUGGGUCCUUGGAGAUUCAUCCAGGUGCUGAGCCUUUGUGUUGUUUUCAUGGCUGUCGAACUGAACACGUUCUUCCUCAAGUUCUGCCUGUGGAUUCCUCCGCGGAACCCUUUGGUCGUGUAUCGGUUGGUCCUUUGGUGGUUAAUCGCGAUACCGACCAUCCGGGAGUACAAUACCUACUUGCAAGACAGCAAACCAUUUAAAAAGGUGGGAUCCUUCUGCUGGCUUUCCCUGGCUAUAUGCAUUGUAGAGCUCCUGAUCUGCAUCAAGUUUGGGCAUGGUCUGUUUCCGAGGUCAAUGCCUUCGUGGUUGGUUACGUUCUGGUCAGCAGUCGCCUUGCUUCUUGCGCUCUUUGUGUGGACAUGGAAAUACCGAACAGUGAAAAGGAAAAGGGUAUAAUUGUUACAAAGGAAUGUUUAUUUUGCCUCCAUUCUUUACCCAAUUCGGUGUUACCGUGUACAUAAAAAAUCUAUUCAAAUUGUGUACAUGUAGCAGUAGUAGUCAGUUUUGGUGAUCUGAAGAGGAUUAUCCAUGGUAAUUUUUUUUUGCCUUGUUUGUCUUCCUAUUUUCCGUCAGCAAAGUAUUUUGACCGGCUCUUAGAUGUGGAUUUUAA